ACGGCGGCUAGGUGACUCGCGCCUGCGCAGAGGCCCCGCAACGGCGCCGCGGGCUGGCACACCGGCGAAGCUCCCCCAGGUCGCGGCGGGGGCUCGCACCGGCGUUUCGCGACGGUCGCUGGGUCCGGUCCGACGCCCUGCCGAGCCAUGAGCCACUGCGCGGAGGCGGCGGCGGUGGUGGCCACGGUGCCGGGCGCGGGGAAAGCCGGGCGACGGCCGUCCAUGGUGCCCCGCCAGGCGUCCUUCUUCCCGCCGCCGGUGCCCAACCCCUUCGUGCAGCAAACACAGAUGGGCGCGGCGAGUCGCCUCCAGAUUUUCUUUCUUGGAAUUAUCCUGCUUCCAAUCCGUGUCUUACUGGUUGCAUUAAUUAUAUUACUGGCAUGGCCAUUUGCUGCCAUUUCAACAGCGUGCUGUCCUGAAAAGCUGACCCAUCCAAUCACUGGUUGGAGGAGGAAAAUGACUCAGCCAGUGUUGAAGUUCCUGGGUCAAGCCAUGUUCUUUUCAAUGGGAUUCAUAGUCACCGUGAAGGGGAAGGUCGCCAGCACUGCGGAGGCGCCAAUCUUCGUUGCCGCCCCUCACUCGACUUUCUUUGAUGGGAUUGCCUGUGUCGUAUCUGGGCUACCGUCCAUGGUGUCUCGAUGCGAGAACGCGCAGGUCCCUCUGAUUGGCAGACUUUUACGAGCUGUGCAGCCAGUGCUGGUGUCCCGUGUAGAUCCGGAUUCUCGAAAAAACACAAUAAAUGAAAUAAUAAGGCGAGCAACCUCAGGAGGGCAGUGGCCACAGAUACUAGUUUUCCCAGAAGGAACUUGUACUAAUCGUUCCUGUUUGAUUACUUUUAAACCAGGGGCCUUCAUUCCGGGGGUUCCAGUGCAGCCGGUGCUCCUCAGGUACCCCAACAAGCUGGAUACUGUGACUUGGACGUGGCAGGGAUAUACAUUCAUUCAGCUCUGUAUGCUCACUUUCUGCCAGCUCUUCACAAAGGUGGAGGUUGAGCUAAAACAAGAUCUAGCAACAGAUGUGGAAAUGUACCUAGAACUGUCUAGAAGAUGUGUCAGUGGUCAAACUGUUACAACAGAGUUUAUGCCUGUUCAAGUACCAAGUGAUGAAGAAAAAAGCGAUCCCAUCCUCUUUGCCUCUAGAAUCCGGACUUUAAUGGCAGAAGCUUUGGGGAUUCCGGUAACAGAUCACACCUACGAAGACUGCCGAUUAAUGAUUUCAGCAGGACAGCUAACACUGCCCAUGGAAGCCGGGUUGGUGGAAUUUACCAAAAUUAGCCGGAAAUUGAAGUUAGAUUGGGAUAGUAUCCGUAAGCAGCUGGAUGAGUACGCAGCCAUUGCUGGUUCUUCAAAAGGAGGGAGAAUCGGAAUCGAAGAAUUUGCGGAGUAUUUAAAGUUGCCUGUUUCAGACGUCCUGAGACAACUCUUCGCACUCUUUGACAGGAACCACGAUGGCAGCAUCGACUUCCGAGAGUAUGUGAUUGGCCUGGCUGUCCUGUGUCACCCUGCCAACACGGAGGACAUCAUCCAAGUGGCGUUUAAGCUCUUUGAUCUUGAUGAGGAUGGCUACAUCACAGAGGAAGAGUUUUCCACCAUUUUGCAGGCUUCCCUCGGGGUGCCCGACCUCGAUGUUUCUGGUCUCUUCAAGGAAAUAGCUCAGGGGGAUUCUGUUUCCUAUGAGGAAUUUAAAACUUUUGCCCUAAAGCAUCCACAGUAUGCUAAGAUAUUUACAACCUACUUAGACCUCCAGACGGGCCAUGUGUUUUCAUUACCAAAAGAAGUCCAGACAGCUCCCUCGAUGGCCAGCAACAAAGUCAGUCCCGAAAAUCUUGACGAGACCUCCUCAGACAAAAAGGACGAUUGAAAGGCAAAUAUUCACAAUGAGGAAAGUCAUUUACUUGAAAUCCUAAAGGCAUUUAUUGAUAAUAUCUUCAGUGUGACUUUUGAGUAAUGAUGAUGUUUAAAAUGGAAAGCUUUUUUUUAAAUAAGAAUGAUAGUUUUUUUAAUUAAAAUGCUUUUAUUCUUAUAUAUGUAUAUGAAGUAAGAUUCCCUUUCUUUUAUGUUGUAUUGUGCUGUCCUGAUUGGUUUACUGGUGAUAAAUAUGUAUUUAUGGAUUUCCCAGCUUAAUUUGCAUAUGCAAACGCAUGCAACAGUCUCACUUAUUUGCUGAUGAGCACUAAUCAACACUGUAAAAAGUUCUAAAGAGGGUAAACAUUUUUUAACUCUACUUCCCUCUAAAGAAAUGAAGUAAUACUGUUAUCUCGAAUCCCUUCCCAUUCUGGAAAUAAGAAUGAGAAGUCUAAGGAACAUUGUGGAACUUCAUGCUUUAACUUCAUGGAUACAUUAUUUCUAUUUCCAAUUCAGUUUCUUGGAUCACUGAAUACAACGGAUUAGAAGGAAGAGCUUCAUUAAUUCAAUGAGACUUCUUAAAACCCAUAUUUUCUCUAUUGCAUCUUUACUGAAGAUUUCCUUAACUGCCUGCUAAGGAAAUUAUACCAUUUUGCAUGACCCACAGUUUAAAAUGUUGUUUUAAAGACCCAGGCGAUGGCCAAAGGCUAAGUGAGAAUUGCAUCAUUGCAGGUAACCUUAACUACCUGCUGAGAAAAUGAAUCAUUUGCCACAGAGUCUAGUUUGAGUUGCAUAGUUCAGAAUGUAGGGCUUGCCCACUAAAUGAGUCAGAUCUGCUCUAUUUAUAUAGUAUUAGAAUUAACACAUUUUACUAUCCAAAUGGGAUGGUGAGUGUUAUCUACAGGGAAAACACAAAACGUUCCCAAGUAUCAAAAGCGAGGAAAUCCGAAAGCCUACUUACUCUCUUGAUGUAAGGAAUCUGACCUUCAUGCAGAAACCUAGCAGCGACUUCUCUCCUUUAGGUUAGGCAAUAACUUUCUUCAAGUGCCAUUUUGGUUGGACAUCAUGCCUCCGAUAUGGUUAAAUAGCACCUGGGUUUGAAAUUUUGAACAAAGAACCAAUUAAUCUAAUGUACAAAAAUAGUUGGUUCGCUUCCGAAUUCUGUCUUUGAAUCCAGUCUCUUUGUUUUGGCUGUGUUUCUGAAUAUACUGGUGAUUUACCCCCAACCUCAGUUUUUAAACCCAUUUUUAAAGUUGGGAAGUCUCAUGAGAGGUGAGUCACCAUUUCAAACUAGGUUUACACACGAAGCAGUUAGCGUUUUAAUUUAAUGAGUGAAUUUGGAUAAUUGCUUACCGAAAUGUUUUAUACUUAAGUAUGUAUAAUUGUUUGCUUUCUCAUAUGUCUUAAAACUCUGUAGACAAAGCACUGAAUGAGCUGAAAACCAUUGCUUAAGUAAUUAGAAAAGUACCUCUCUCUAACAGUGUCUGCGUAUGCAGUGGAAUGAAUGUACUACUCAGGUACCAUCAUCACCGUGUAUCCAUAUAUUACUCCUAUUAGUUAUGAAAAAGUAGCAUUAUAACUGGAAAGGUUUCUGUGAGACUCCUGAAAAGGACCCCAUUGUUUUCCCCAUUUUAAAAUAACGUUUUAUGCUCCUUAAGUCCGCUUCUGCCAAUGUAAUAUUCCUAUUUUAUUAUGUUACUGAAUAAAUAAACUCACUAAGUAAAAUUCUUGGCAAUUAAAAAAUU